AUAGUAAAAGAUAAAAAAUCUAAACAACUUUGUUUUUCAGAUGCGGAAAUAAGUACUCCCGAUCCGCAUGUGUUCUCGCCUAAAUAUGAUUAUAUGUAUUCUCCCGUAAUUCCGGAAGAGGGAAGCGAUGAAAAAAGAAGAAGAGCAGGAAGACGAAAAAGAGGGAGAGGAAAAGGAGGAACAUGUGGAAGAACGAGAAACCGAAAUAGAAAAGGAAAUUAGAGAAAUAUCUCCUGGAAAUUUUCUCAGCCCUAUUCUUCAUGUGAGAGGGAGACGGCGGCGUCAAAAGGCGAGUUACCUCAGCGAAAAAUAUCAUACGCGAACAUCGAAGAGCCGCAGCGUGGAGGAGGCCGAAUACUUGGACUCCUCAGGGGAAUUCAGAAGAGGAAGAGGAGCAAGAAACAACUGAA